GACGCCGCCUUUCUAGGCCUGGCUUCCGGUGCCCUCUAUGGUCGCAGUCCAUCCCGGAGGACUCUCCCCACGCAGUCCCAGCGGAAGUGGCCGCGCCGCCAUGUUGGCUGGGAGGGGAAGUGGAGGCCUGGCCCCCCACUAAGAUGGAGGAGAGGAGCCAACUGGGGGCCUAGGGCCCCCUCAGGCCGCAGGGCGAGCUGGGGCCCAUGGAGCAGCGCUAGGUUUAUACUGUAGACAGCUACUUCACUGCCAAAAUGACAUCUUCGACCUCUGAACAGUAUCCAGCAUCUGAGAAUGCCUGCAGAAUCGCACUUGGACAAGCUAAUCAGGUACAACCGAAACUGCCACUCCUGAAGAUUCUGCAAGCAGCAGGUGCACAAGGUGAAACCUUCACAUUGAAGGAGGUCAUGCAUUAUCUGGGACAGUAUAUAAUGGUGAGGCAGCUAUAUGAUAAGCGGCAGCAGCACAUGGUGUAUUGUGGAGGGGAUCAGCUGGGAGAAUUGCUGGGACUGGAGAGCUUCUCUGUGAAAGAUCCAAGCCCAGUUUAUGACAUGCUGAAAAGGAACCUGACUUCUGUUACUAUUACAGAUGCUGCACAGACUCUUGCUCUCGCAAAGGAUCAGAGCGUCGAUAAUCCAAGCCAAGACCAGCUGAAGCAGACUAGCACAGAGGGAAGCUCUGACACUGAGGGAGCGGAGGACAAAAGUGGUGCUCCUGCUUUGUCUACCUCACAGCUCAACUAUGGAAACUACGAAGACAAAGAUUUAAUAGAAAACCUCUCAAAAAGCAAGAAGCCCAAACUGGAUCUGGUAUUUGAGGAGUGGGAUGUAGCUGGCCUUCCAUGGUGGUUUUUAGGAAAUUUGAGAAACAACUACAAGUCCAGAAGUAACGGGUCAACAGACAUACAGACCAACCAGGACAUAGACACUGCCAUUGUUUCAGAUACUACUGAUGACUUGUGGUUCCUCAAUGAAUCUGCGUCUGAUCAAUUCAAUGUUGCCGUCAAAGUGGAGACAGUGGACUGUGAAGAAGUGGGGAAAGAGAGUGAGAAAAAGUUGAUUGAGGUUACGUGUACUGAUGACCUCGAGGAUUCUCAGUGCCUAAGUGACGACACAGAUGUAGAAGCUGCCUCUGAGGACUGCUGGCAAUGCACCAAAUGCAAGAAGUUUAACUCUCCAGUCAAACGGUACUGUUACCGCUGUUGGGCCUUACGAAAGGACUGGUACUCUGAUUGCCCCAAACUAGCUCAUUCUCUCUCUCUGUCCACCAUUGAUACUAUUCAAGGCAAAAAGGAUGAUGAGGGAAUCGAUGUCCCAGACUGCAGAAGGACCGUGUCUGCUCCAGUUUGCCGACCCAAAGAUCUGUACACAGAGGACUGUGAGUCCCAUGUAGACCCUGGCAGCUCCAUGGAGUCCCUGGGUUUGGCACAGGAAUGCAAGGACCAGGAGCCACAGAUGCAUUUUGGUGAACACAAAAAGGAGGAAAAAGUAGAAUGCCAAGAGAAUAUAAAAAAUUUGUUGAAUCCUUGCCUUCUAUGCCAGAAGAGGCCGCGGGAUGGGAAUAUUGUCCAUGGAAGGUCUGCUCACCUAGUGGCUUGCUUCAAAUGUGCAAAAAUGUUGAAGAAAGGGAGAUUGCCAUGUCCAGUGUGCAAGAAACAGAUCCAGAUGGUGAUCAGAAUCUUCAUGGGAUAGCUGUGCUGCUGCAAGGUGCUUCAGGGAUUUAAAUGGUCGCUAGUCAGGGGACAGCUGCCACAAGGUUUACGUUGGUGUCUAUGGUGCUGCAAGGGAAGCUAACCAUAUAACUCAGCUAAAGAACAGGGGUCCCAAACUGACUAAGGAAGUUGCGGAAUCCCCAUAAUGAAAUUAAACAAUGUUCAGUUUUUAGUGUCAGUUUACGUUCCUAGGGCCUGACUGAUCUGCCCCGGGUUUUAGAAUUUCUAAAUCCUUUACUUUCCAAGGUCUAGAGAUGAUGAUUUCACCCGGAUGGUCUUGUUUUCAUAACUGAUCCUUGCAGAAGCCAGAUGGUUAAUGAAUAAAUAUGUAACUCUGGUUGGUUGUAUGUUCUGCAGUAAGCUAAACUCUGUGCAGUGCCUGAAAAUAGAAAGCACAGGGUUGGAGGAGCGUGUGUCUGUGUGUACAUAUAUGUAUGCUGAAUUCUCCAAGGAUCAGCUCUCAGAAGAGUAAUGGUGAACGGGGGUUACAAGACUUCUAACUCUCUGCAGUAUUUUGUAAGAUCAGGUUGAGAGACUCCCCAAAAUCCUUAAUGAAAAACAAACCUCCCCAGCUUUUAAUCAAUAUGUAAACAACCCUGUAUGAUUUAGCAAUCAUGCAACAGCAAGGUGUCAUGUCUUGCUUUCUUACUGGAUCCCUUUUAAUUAAGAUAUAGUGUUGGGGGCCAGUUCCUUGGCUGCUGUCAAUUGGCAUAGUUCAGUCAACUCCAUGCUAAUUGACACCAGCUGAGGAUUUGGCCCUUAGGUGAGGUGUGUACUUGCAGCAGUUGAGUGUGUAUAUAUGAGCAUUCUAAUGCUCAUAAUUAGCUCCUCACACCAACAGCUGUGUUAACUGCAUACCUGCCUUUUUUAAGCUGGCUGAUCAUUUGAGAAAUUAAAGUGCUGGAGAGAUUUACUAAUGUGCAAUUUUGAAAAAUAAGGCCUCCUUCUUAGUGUGCCACAUAAGAGCUAGUUUAUCUAAGGAACUCUGUUGCAUGGUGUUAGUCACAUUUGGACCCUCUUCAAUUUGAUGUAGUUUCUUACAGGUUUUAACGCUUCUCAGAAUCCUUCUGCGGUAUUCUUAUCUGCACAGUGCAAUAGAGGGUCCAUUGGCCAUCAGAACUCAGCUAGAAUUUGUAAUUUUAAACUGUUGUUAAAUUCUUUCUUAAAGAGCACAUCCUAGUAUCUGCCCAGAUCUUUCUCAACCCCCAUCUGCAGGAAGGAGCUCCAGGGAUUGGAAAUCUGUGAAGAAUGCCUCAGAGAGCAUCCUCUAUUGUCCCUUGUGGAGAUUGGUCAGGGUUUGCCCACAUGGAGACGGCUGUGGGGUGCCUGUCCUCAAGCCUGGGGGAUCUGUAGGGGAUCAGAGUCAUUCACAUUCCACUGGACCCACACUACCGGAGACUCCCGCCUGCAGCCACAGCUACCCUGGGGACCCCUUAGGGUUUGAGUAACUUCCACUGGGCAGGUGGAGAAUCACUGUGCGGCACAGACCUCGGACCAUGUGCAGAGGCAUCUGCAGGAUCCAAGGGGAAGAGACUGUGCUAUGGAAGCACGCGAUCUUACCAAGUGCAGGGUCUCCUUCAGGUUAGAUCAUUCCCCGAUAAAUCUAUGCAUAUCAGUUGGCUGUAAAGCAGGUAUAUAGCCCUUCUCCUGCUGCACUUUCCCUUCUUUCCUGUAGAGCCAGAGCCACAAAUACAGCUCACUAUGUAGAGUGAAUUUACUUACUCCCGUCCCUCCUCAAAACACACACUCCUUUUAGCACCUUUGUUUUAUUUCCUACUUAUUUUAAAUAAAUAAAAACCUAGAAAAAUAAAGAUGGCCAACACCUGUUGGGUACCAUUUAGCCCAGCACUCCUUGGCCAUCACAGGGUUGCUCUCAACAAUGUAUUAUCCAAGACUUUGUCCAGGCCUGUUUAAAAUAGCUCUAGGAUGGACUCUUUGUCACUUCUCUGUUUUAAAUACCAAGAAAUGUGCAUUCUGUGUAGCGUCUCAAUACACUGGGAAGCCAUAGUUCUGUGUCCAUAGAAUACACAUUGAAGUGCUGCAUCUUCUGCUGUGAAGACUAUGCUCUCCUCCAAAGAAGUGGAUUAUUUGAUCUAGCAGGUGUUUACCCUCUAGCUGUUAAGAUCUACAUACCUGCCUUCUGCUGUAAAGUGUCUAUCCAGUGCAAGUUGGGUGGGGAUUCCUAUUACUUGCCCUGUCUCUAGCAUGUGGUUUGGGGAAGAUUUUGCCUCCCCCUUCUGAACCAUCACUGCCAGUCAUUGCAGCUUGUGCUGUACAUCAUAGCCUUAUUGCCCAGAGUUCCUGAGGGUGUACAGUUCAACUGGUCCUGAAAAGCUACAGGAGGCUUUACAUAUUCACAGAGAACUGUAGUUUCCUCUCUAGCGACAUUCCUUUUUGAUCUAGUAUUUUUAUUGUAGUCUCUCUAACUCCCUUCAUCUCCCUGGUAGAGAGACAAAGCAGGUACAGGCCCCCCACAAGGUUCCUUAGAGCAGCGCUUAGCGCACUGCUGCUGAAGCAGCUCUAUCUCCAAAGCUUCAAAUGGGAAGGAAAGAGAGAAUAUAUAGCAUUGAUUGAUCAGUACCCUCUUAGCUAUGUUGUAUGCAGAGAGGGCAUUGGCUCUCCUCUGGUUUAAUCUUGACCUUGGGAGGAGGAGAGAGGAACGGAUCUCUUUUCCAUGGUUAUAAUCCAGGCUUUUCCUCUCUCCCUAUUGAUUAGUGGCUUUUAGUUAGAAAGUGCUUCUACUUGGCAUAGACUGACCAGCACAGCGCCAGUACUGGAUGUGCUAGCUGACUAGCAGUGCAUCAGGAGCUAUGAGUGAGCAAGUCUAAGCAGAAAUGGGAACCAUUCCAUGCCACUAAAUACUUGAUACUCUUUCAGCAACUUUUUCCUUCCUUUUUUCACUCCCUCUCAAGUCAAAAUCUGUGUCAAAAGACUGUCCAGUUUUUACCAUGUGUUCAACCCAUUCAUAACAAGCCAGCUGUGUGUCUGCAUCUGCCGGGGAGGGUCACAAAACCCAGCAGCACCCAAACCACGUUAAGCUUAUCCUUCUUCUGUAGGAGGAGAUGGGAUGUGUGGGAUCAGAGCUAUCACUGCCAAAAGCUCACCAAACCUGUUGGUGAUUCUGCCGCUGUAUUGACUUGAUGUUGUUUUACUGUGUGAUGAUUACUGUCUGUUUUUGUUUGCUGUACAUGUAUAAAUGGAAUGAAUUUUGUUUUUAAAUCACAAGUUAAGCUGCAGUGCACCAAAUUGCAGUUUCACAAUAUUGUUUUGCAAACAGGCCAGUUCACCGACUGAUGUAAAUCAGCAUAGCUCUAGUGAAAUCAGUGGCAUUAUGCUGACUUACACCGUUGGGGGUUCUGGCCCCAUAUCUGAAGUGCACUUGUUGCUUUCUUGCUGAAGGGUCACUAAAAUGAAGCUGAUGCACCUUAGCCUUCCUUUGGGCUGUUAUAGAUUUAGCAGGGUUUCCUUACAAUAGUAUAUAAGUGGGAACUGUUGGUUACCAGCUAGCUGCCUUUCCUUUCUUUGGAUGUUUGUGCGCUCGGCAAGGUGGAUGCUUGGACGUAGACCUGAAAGCACGUCUUCUGGACACUGUGAAUUUUGUUUUCCCAGGUGCCUCAAAAAAAAGUGCAUUUUGUUAAGUGUUCUGUUUGAAUAGUUUUCAGACCCAACAUGUUGUGAAGUGUAUAGUCCAUGUUGAUCAAAAAAGCCUGAAAGUACAAUGUAUUGGGUCAGGUGGGGAUAUAAUAUCCUUACUGAAACCCUAUUAAGAUGUGUAAUAUAUACAAAGCUUGAGAUACUUGCCUCUACUCAGUGACUAAGAGUUAUAAGGAGUCUAAGUGGAAAUCCCCUUGUGUCAAAGGAAAGCCACAAUGAACAUUAGACAGUUUGGAGAUUUAUUUUUAUUAUGUAGCAAAUAUAAAAGUGGUAUUUCAGAAGCAUCAGCUUCUUUUUCUUACCAGUAUAACUAUUUUGCUUAAGGAUAUGAUUUUUUUCCCCCUGAAAUAGUUAUACUGGUGUAAUGCCUAGUGUCGAUGCAGGUAUACCAGUAUAAAGGUACCUUAGGCUGAUGUAGCUUAUUCCCCUUCUCAUUGAUGCUUACACCAGUGUAACUGUGUCCACACUAGGGGUACAUCUUUACUACCAACGUCAAACUGCUGCCGCAGCAGUGCUUUAACGUGGCUGUGUAGUUGCAGCACCAGCGCUGGGAGAGAGGAAAAACCACCCCCAUGAGGGGAGUAGCAACCGCGGCUCCCAGCGCUGGGGCACUGUCUACACUGCCACAUUACAGCGCUGAAACUUGCAGCGCUCAGGGAGGUGUCUUUUCACACCCCUGAGCGAGAAAGUUUCAGCACUGUAAAGUGGCCAUGUAGACAAGGCCUAAGAGGGUUGUAUAGCUAUAUGUCUUAAUAGUUAGAGUGGUACAACCUUUCUGUAUAGACAAGCCCUAAUUCAAUCACAGCUGCCGUUUUAUUGACAUUUCCCAGCAGGAAGUCUGUUCUCAUGCCUUAGUUGCAGACAGGACCCAAAGUAUUUCAAUAAAAUACCUAGCUCUUGUAUAGCUCUUUUGAUCUGUAGAUCUCAAUGCGCAUUACAAAUGAAGUCAGCAUUUUACAGAUGGGAAGCUAAUACAGGCACCAGAAAGUUAGCCGCCUAAAUCCAGAAUUAGGCACCUUAAAUCAGUGCCCUGAUUUUUCGGAGCGGUUGAACACCUGGAUCUCUUGUUCACUUGAGUGUCAGUUUUAAGCUACUCAACAUCUCUGAAACUCUGAUUAUUUAUAGCGGUGCCCCCUUUUGGAGCCCAGGCUGGAAAGCGUUGGCCAGGGAGGAUAGCUGAACAUAUGAGAAGCAGUACAGUUGCCUGAGGUCCUGUUACUAAAAAAUAAUUGGUGAAUCUUACGCAUGUUAAAUGACUGUUAAUACAUUUUAAAAUAACACAACUGCUUUGAAAAUGCCUCCUGCUUCCAUACAUCCCCUGUGUCCCAAAUGGUCAUUCAGCUUUCAAGGUGGCAGUUUCCUCGUUCAUUCUUAACUCUUUGUAUUCAGACAGUUUACAAAUUAUUUGUGAUGACCUUUCUUUCUAAUAAUAUAGGGUGACCAGAUGUUCUGAUAUUACAGGGACAGUCCCGAUAUUUGGGACUUUUUCUUAUGUAGGCAUGUAUUACCCCCUACCUGCUGUCCCGAUUUUUCACAUUUACUAUCUGGUCAUCCUGUAAUAAUACUUAAUAAAGUGCUAUAAGAACUAAGGUGCUGUGCAAGCAGGAAUCCUUCCAACACCCCGUGUACCUAUCUGAGAAGGUGCUUGAAGGUGGCUGAAAUAUUGUGUAGGUAGCAGGAAUGUUUUAUGCUCUUGAAUAACAAUAGAAAGACGGAUUCCCUUCCACAAAAGGUAAUUUCUUACUAAAUCCCCUAAGCACCCUUCCUCUGUUUUGCACCUAAAUAUAUUUUCAUCCAGGAAAAGUGAAAUAUCUAUGGCAUACAUGCUCCCUACUUGUAGCAUAAAGCUCACCAAAAUACUUCUAUUUGUAUUUGCACUAUUUUACAAUGCUUUGAUUGGAGUAAAUUCAUGACUUGUUUGUUCCCCAUGCAAAAUAAAAUUGACAUUUGAAACCUGGUGAUAGGGUAACUUAGAAGGUUUAGUUUUUAAUUUGUACUGAGUUUCCGCAAAGCUUAAAUAAAACCUUUGUUACCAGUA